GCUCGCGGGAGUUUAAGAUGUUCGGAAACAGAGCUCGUGCGAUGUUCACAACACAGCGAUGGCUGAAUGUUGCGGCGAUAUUGUUUAUCGAAGCGAUGAAAGAGGAGUGACUGUGUCACAGGCGCUGGCAGAUGACGAUGCAGCCUUGGUGAAGGCCUAUGAGAAAGCGCUCAAAUCUUUUCAGGGCACAAAAACUGCAGAUAAGCCUAAACAAACGGAAGAUGGCAAGAAGGAAGAUUUUUUAGAGUCAGAAGACCAUGGCAAAGAACCUGAUGAUUGCAAGAUGAUGACACAGCAUCAGUGGGCAGUGGGGUCACGGUGCCUUGCCAAGUGGUCAGAGACUGGACUACUGUACCCUGCAGUGUUGCUCUGGAUAAAGGGACAGCACUGCCGGGUGAAAUUUGAGGGCUAUGGAAAUGAAGAAGAGAUAGAUCUUUCUGAAUUACUGCCUGAAAAUCUGGAGCAGCCUUCAGGAGACCAACAGUGGACACUGGGGUCUCGGUGCCGAGCUGUAUGGUCGGAUGAUGGAUUGGUCUACCCUGCAGUGUUGGUGUGGGCUGAAGGCCAGCGAGGUCGGGUGUUGUUUGAUGUCUACGGAAAUGAGGAAGAGCUUGAGCUGAGUGCCUUGCUACCCCCAGAAGAGCAGGAGCCUAGUGUUAGCACUGUAACAGAGGCUUUGCAGCGGGACUUGGAUGGCGGCAGCAGCUCAGGUUGGAGGAAGUUGGAGAAGCAGAAGAUAUCUGCUAAUAAAGAGGACUCCACCAGUAGCUCUCUGUCCAGUGGCACUAAUGAUACAGGUGGAGGUCAAAACCGUGAAUGCUGUAACAAGCAGAAAAAGCAGAAGAGCACAAAGAAGGCAGGCAACUGGAGAGGCAGCAAGAUGGGAUCUCAGGCCUCAUUUUGCGCACCUCCAGUCCUGCCGCCUCCCGAGGCCUCAGCGGGGUACCUCCCAUUCCCGCCACCCUCUUCUGUCUUACCACCACGACGCAAUGGAGAUGAGAGCAGCAGUGGCCCAGACUCAGAUGUUGCUGAACUCUCCAGCAUGCUGCUUUCUUGGUACCUCUGUGGCUACCACACUGGCUACUACAUGGCCUUGCAACAAACCAACAGUAGUCAUGAGAAAACCAAGAAGAAAUAUAAGACCAAUUUCAAGUACAGAAAUGGCAAACCCUAGGCAAGCUGGCCCAGCACUGUUGUUCUUCACAGGGACACAGCAACUAAUGUUACAAGGAGAAACUGAACAUUUACGGAAAGAAUUUAAAGCGGUACUACUGUCUUCCCCCCGGUGUCAGUAAUCAAAAGAACGUGAAAGGAAUUGUUUGAAAAGGAAGAAGCAAAAUCUUUGUACAGUUCCUUUAUGUACAGAAACAUUUUUACUGGUAUUUUGGUGCAGUUAUUUAUGGUGAACUGGACUGAAAAUUUCUUGUGAGAUUGUUUUCACUGAAAACGGAUA